GUUUGGGCCCGAGAGGCCCAGGUGGGCGGCUGGGCAGCGCCCGGCUGGUGCCAGCCCCCUGCCCCUUCGCGGCCUGCGCCUCGAACCUGGGGCUGCAGGCUUCCGGUUACCUGGGUCCCGAGCCCGUUUUCUGGCCUGCUGGGGGCUGGUCGGCCUUUCCGAUCCCCUCACCCCGUGGGCCCCCCCGAAGUAGAGACCCUGUGCUCCGUGCGGGGGCGAAGACCUCAGGGGACGUCCCCGGAGCCUGGGAGCAGAGACGUGUCCCAGUGAAGAGCCGCCUAAUUGAAACGGAGAACAUACCGUGAUGUGGGUGUCUCAGAGCUGGCACUAUGAGCGAGUUUCGCAUUCACCACGACGUCAAUGAGCUGCUCAGCCUGUUGCGCGUGCAUGGCGGGGAUGGGGCCGAGGUCUACAUUGACCUGCUGCAGAAGAACAGGACCCCGUAUGUCACCACCACUGUCUCUGCUCACAGUGCCAAGGUUAAAAUCGCAGAGUUUUCUCGUACUCCGGAAGACUUCCUAAAGAAAUAUGAUGAACUGAAAUCUAAAAAUACAAGGAACCUUGACCCACUGGUGUACCUGUUGUCGAAGCUCACAGAAGACAAAGAGACUCUGCAGUAUUUACAGCAGAAUGCAAGAGAAAGAGCUGAGCUUACAGCCACUGUGGUGGGCAGCAGUGCCACUAACUUCAACGUUCCCACCACAGCCUCCAAGAUCUCCAUGCAGGAGCUUGAAGAGCUGAGGAAGCAGCUUGGCAGUGUGGCCACAGGCUCCACGUUGCAGCAGUCUCUGGAACUUACAAGAAAGAUGCUUCGAGACAAACAGAACAAGAAGAAUUCAGGCCAGCCACUCCCUGUCUUCCCAGUGUGGGUAUAUGAGAGACCAACGCUGCUUGGGGAUUUCCUGGUUGGCUCGGGCUUAGGCACAGACACAACUCUGCCUAUAGGGACGCUGCCACUGGCCUCCCAGGAGUCAGCUGUGGUGGAGGACCUGCUGUAUGUGCUGGUGGGUGUGGACGGCAGGUACAUCACUGCCCAGCCCCUGACUGGGAGGCAGAGCCGGACCUUUCUAGUAGACCCCAACCUGGACCUGUCCAUCAGGGAGCUGGUGACCAGGAUCCUCCCCGUGGCUGCCAGCUACUCCACUGUGACCAGGUUCAUCGAAGAGAAGUCUUCCUUCGAGUAUGGGCAGGUGAACCACGCCCUGGCAGCUGCCAUGCGCACCCUGGUGAAGGAAUACCUAAUUCUGGUCACUCAGCUGGAGCAGCUGCAUAGGCAAGGCCUCCUGUCACUACAGAAGCUCUGGUUCUACAUCCAGCCAGCCAUGCGCACCCUGGACAUCUUGGCCUCCCUUGCCACCUCCGUGGACAAAGGUGAGUGUCUGGGAGGGUCAACGCUGAGCCUGCUCCACGACAGGAGCUUCAACUACACAGGGGACAACCAGGCGCAGGAGCUGUGCUUGUACCUGACCAAGGCGGCCAGCACACCCUACUUUGAGGUUCUGGAGAAGUGGAUCUAUAGGGGCAUCAUCCAUGACCCCUACAGUGAGUUCAUGGUUGAAGAGCAUGAGCUGCGGAAGGAGAAGAUCCAGGAGGAUUACAACGACAAGUACUGGGACCAGCGCUACACCAUUGUCCAGCAGCAGAUCCCGUCCUUCCUGCAGAAGAUGGCCGACAAGAUCCUCAGCACAGGAAAGUAUCUGAAUGUGGUCAGAGAGUGUGGCCACGACGUUACCUGCCCAGUGGCUAAAGAAAUCAUCUACACGUUAAAAGAGCGUGCGUACAUGGAACAAAUUGAGAAGGCGUUUAACUAUGCUAGCAAAGUGCUGCUGGACUUCCUGAUGGAGGAGAAGGAGCUGGUGGCACACCUGAGGUCCAUCAAGCGCUACUUCCUGAUGGACCAGGGGGACUUCUUUGUGCACUUCAUGGACCUCACUGAGGAGGAGCUCCGGAAGCCGGUGGAGGACAUCACGCCUCCCCGCCUGGAAGCCCUGCUGGAGCUGGCGCUCCGCAUGAGCACCGCCAACAUGGACCCCUUCAAGGACGACCUCAAGAUUGACCUGAUGCCUCACGACCUAAUCACUCAGCUCUUGCGCGUUCUGGCUAUCGAGACCAAGCAGGAGAAGGCGAUGACCCAGGCUGAUCCCACUGAGCUCACGCUGAGCGGCCUGGAGGCCUUCUCCUUCGACUACAUCGUCAAGUGGCCCCUUUCUCUGAUAAUCAGCAGGAAGGCCCUCACUCGCUAUCAGAUGCUCUUCAGGCACAUGUUUUAUUGCAAGCAUGUGGAGCGGCAGCUCUGCAAUAUCUGGAUCAGCAACAAGACCGCCAAGCAGCACGCGCUGCCCUCUGCAAAGUGGUUUGCCGGGGCCUUCACUCUGCGACAGCGAAUGCUCAACUUUGUUCAGAAUAUUCAGUACUACAUGAUGUUUGAAGUGAUGGAACCAACCUGGCACAUCCUGGAGAAAAACCUGAAAUCUGCUUCCAACAUCGACGAUGUCCUUGGCCACCACACAAGCUUCCUGGACAACUGCCUGAAGGACUGCAUGCUGACCAACCCAGAACUGCUGAAGGUCUUCUCCAAGCUCAUGUCUGUGUGCGUCAUGUUCACCAAUUGCAUGCAGAAAUUUACACAGAGCAUGAAAUUAGAUGGUGAGCUGGGCCGGCAAGCGCUAGAGCACGGUGCAAUGCUGGGGCUGCCCCCGGGGGCUGAACGGGCUGAGGACUGGGCCCGGAAGGAGUUCACAAGGAAGUACCUGGCUGAGCACACAGACGCUCCUCAACUGGCGUCUAGCUUCGAGGCCACCAUCACCAAGUUUGAUAAGAAUUUUUCGGCCCACUUGCUUGACCUUCUGGCCCGACUGAGCAUCUACAGCACCAGCGACUGUGAGCAUGGCAUGGCCAGCGUCAUCUCCAGGCUUGACUUCAAUGGCUUCUACACGGAGCGCCUGGAGCGCCUGUCUGCAGAGAGGAGCCAGAAGGCCACACCCCAAGCGCCGGCCCCCCGGGGGCCCCCGGCCCCCACACAUAGGGUCAUGGUCACCACACAGUGAGCCCUUGCCAUGACUGGAAGGGUGUGAUGGGGCUGCCAGUUGUUGGGGGGAGUUCGUUCAGAACUUUCAGAUCAGAUAUUCCUGAAAUAAAUUGUCCUGUGUGUUA